UAAAUAGGACACAAUUCAACGUGGACACCGAACCCUAUAUUAAAUGUGUGUAUUUAUUUGGCUGCAGAUAGGGCCAGAAGUGCAAAAGGGCAAUGGAAGAGAAAUACAAAACCCUGGAAAUUGUGGAAAAGACCCCAAAAUCCGGUGUGUUUUAUCUUAACUUGAAUCGUCCCUCACAACGCAACGCUCUUUCCCGUGAUUUCUUCUCCGAGUUCCCCAAGGCCCUCAAUGCUCUCGAUCACAACCCCGACGUCAACGUCAUCGUCUUAUCCGGUGCUGGCAACCACUUCUGCUCCGGCAUCGACCUCUCCCUCUUGGAAACUAUCAGUGCCAAUUCAAACUCCGGCGAGAUUCUCCGGCGGCAGAUCCUCUGGAUGCAGGAUUCCGUGACGGCCCUGGAACGGUGUCGGAAACCCGUGAUUGCUAGUAUACAUGGAGCAUGCAUCGGUGGUGGAAUUGAUAUCGUUACGGCCUGUGACAUAAGGUUCUGUACUGAGGACGCAUUUUUUUCGGUGAAAGAGGUGGAUUUGGCCCUGGCGGCUGAUCUGGGAACUCUUCAGAGGUUGCCCCGUAUUGUGGGCUUCGGCAACGCAAUGGAGUUGGCUUUGACGGCUCGCAGGUUCUCCGGUUUGGAGGCUAAGGAGUUGGGUCUGGUUUCUCGCACUCUCCAUUCCAAACAUGACCUGGAUUUGGCCGUCAGGGAUGUCGCUCACGCAAUUGCUACCAAGUCCCCCCUUGCAGUUAUUGGGACAAAAACAGUGUUGCUUAAAAGUAGGGACUUAACUGUGGAUCAGGGGUUGGAUUAUGUUGCAACCUUGAAUUCUGCCAGAUUGUUAUCCAAUGACUUAACCGAAGCAGUUAAGGCACAAAUACAGAAACGGAAGCCAGUUUUUUCCAAGCUCUGACUAUAUUAUAUUAGAGUGGGAUGCCUUGUGUUGUUACAAAACUUUUGGAAUACAGCUAUUGAAGACUAUUAUCGUUACUGUUAUUUCCAUUAUUGUUCAUGUCGAUAAAUAAAAAUCAUGAGAUAAUGAUAUAAUGUAUGACAGAGGUAUCUAUUGGUGAUCAUUAAUCUAUUCCCACUGUCUUAUUGUAUGCAUUUUUUAUACAUAGUUCGUACCAUUUCUCACCAAUUCUCCUCCUGGUGAAGACGUGAAAGAUAGAAUACCACCG